AUGGGGUCCACUUCGCGCAUACUGCGGCCACUCCUUCUACGGCCGACGCUUACAUUACCAAGACCUGCAUCCAAAUGGCUUUGUUGCACAUGCUCCUACUACACCGCAACGUCCGAGGCGUACCCGAGCUCGGCGACACAACGCGAGCGUCGCUUGACUCCUCCGCAAUCGCCGGCCCCACCGCACGCGACCGCCUCGCCGCAGGAUCUCUUGGCUCAUUACUCCCAAAUCCCAACACGGACGGUCAAGCUGAGCGAUCUGACACAGUAUGGGACCCCACCAUUGAGUCAGGACAAGCUGCUCGAAAGCGGGGAGCGCACUCGCAAGCAGCUUCUCGCAGGUCUCGCAAGACGUGUACGUCGCAUACGCCUUCCAAACGGACGUUCAUGUGGCAGGUAACAUCUUACUGACGAUAAUUGCGUCUCGUUCACCUAUCAGGUCACGCAACACCUCUCGCUGCCAUUCUUACCGGCGACGAACCCGUCUCUGCAAUCCAUUCAUAAGCUCUACUCGUCGGCCUUCUUCGACCUGGUGGCGGUACCCGAGAUCAAGACGCUUGAAGCCAACGAUGAACUGUGUUCUGCCAUGUCGAAAAUGGUCGAGGAACAUCGAGACAACAUUCCGAUACUCGCGAAGGGUGAGCAACCCGCCGCUAAAUUUGGUGCCCCACCUUGAGGUGGAUCUCCCACGCUGACUUACACCGUUAUCUUCUCUGUUCAAGGCUUCCAAGAGACUCGGAAAUACCUUGCCGAUACGACCGUCACUCAGUUCCUGGAUCGAGCCAUCCGGGACCGUAUCUCGCUUCGACUGAUGGCCGAGCAACAUCUUUCGCUCUCAUCAGCGUCCAUGCCGGCUUUACGGCCCUCAUCUACCCCAGCCCAAACAGCUUCAUCUUCCACGGAUCCACGCGUCGAGCCAUCAGCACGUGCUCCGUUUCUUCCAUCAACGUCCUUGGCACCGUCGCGAGUCGGCGUACUUGAUCUGUCGCUCAACCCGCAUGAACUCGUUACGGCCUGUGCCGACUAUGUCACUUUGCUCUGCGAGGCGACGUAUGGCGUUGCACCGGCCUACAGAAUAGAAGGUGCCCCUUCGAACGCAACGGUUGGCUCGAUUGGCAGUCAUCUCGAGUAUAUCCUGACCGAGUUGUGAGUCUCGAAGUGCAAGUGUCCCUGAACGAUCGUAGACUGACGACAGGCGUUAUGGUCCUUGUUUCCGUAGGCUGAAGAAUGCUUUCCGAGCGACCGUGGAGCACCAUACGCCAGAACCAGAGGAAGAGGACCCCGAUGUCUUCCGCUUCGACGACCUACCUCACGCCCAUCUCAACAAGAAGGACUUCCCUGAAGUGGUCGUGACGAUCGGAGUAGUGAAAGGCCUGUUGACGAUCCGCAUCCGAGACCGAGGAGGAGGAGUUCGUGAGUUUUGGUGACAUUAACAGCUUGCGUGUUUCUCUUUACCUCGGUCUGACUUUCACGCCCUAUUCACAGCCCCCGAGAACAUUGCCAACAUCUUCUCCUACGCUUUCACAUCGGUCAAGGCUCUGCCUGAUCCCGAUGCGGACCCCGACUCCCCAGACAGCGACUUGUACGGAGGUGCCAGUGGAGCCGGGUACUACGGUGGUGUUGGAGGUGGUCCACAGGGCGGCGAGUCGACGCUCAAGACGUCGAUGGGGACACUUGCAGGACUAGGAUUUGGGUGAGCGACGAUGAUUCUACCGAACGGGGGCAAAGGAGUGGCUCGUGCAACAUGCUGACGCCAUACUCCAUUUUUCAGGUUACCGCUGUCGAGAAUCUACUCGGGUUAUUUUGGGGGCUCUCUCGAGCUUGUGACGAUGCACGGAUGGGGCACCGAUGUGUACUGUGUCAUCCGCGUUGUUUGA